AUGUCUACCACGUCCAGCACGCCCGACCUCUUCCGCGAAGUUUUCCCCGACUUGGCUAAGAAAGCGUCGACUGUUUGUGUCGACAUGGGUAUUAGUACUGUGGGUGUGCUCGAGGCGGCCCUGGAGGACAAGGAGCUGACCGACGAACUAUUGAGAAGGCUGGCCUUGCCACAAGGGGUCACCCGCCUGCGGGACACUGACCCUUCUCUCCAAGUCGACUCUGCCCUCGGUACCUAUUUAAGAUCCUAUGAGUCUCACGAGUUGAUAGCUGUAGCCUUGGCUAAACCGGCGGUGAGCCAAUCUGGCAUACCGAGGCCACCUUCGGGCAAGGGUAUACGUAGGCAAGGGAGCGCUAUGCACUUCGGUGCUGACACUUGCCGUUUCACUCGCCAAUCCUGUCCCUUCGGUAGGGAUUGCCGUUAUCGUAAACAUUUCGGCGACCCCCAAUCUAAGCCUUAUUGGCAGAACGGUCAAGGUGGGGAGAAGGACAGUAGCUUCGGGUCUGAUAAACGCCCUAGGACUGGGCAGGUGAAGGAUGAACGAUCAAGGAAGAACCCUAAGGACCAAUAG